UCAAUCUGCCAGGCGCUGUCACUGGCGGGGGAACUUGCCACACCGCAGUACCAGAAGACCCUUGCCUCGACACCCGACAACGACAUUCCCCCCAACGCACGUACACACUCACACAUACACACAGGGCGCCGUCUGGGACCGCCAGCCAUGGCGCGAAUACUACGCUCGCCACUGGCGCUCUUCCUCUCCACCAUCUUCCUCUUCUCCGCGCACGUCCUAGCCGUCUCCGCCGUCGUCGGCAUCGACCUCGGCACUGAGUACAUUAAAGCCGCGCUGGUCAAGCCCGGCAUCCCGCUCGAGAUUGUGCUGACCAAGGACUCGCGCCGCAAAGAGAUUUCCGCCGUCACCUUCAAGCCCGCGCCCCAUGGCCCCAAGAAGGGUGCCUACCCGGAACGGGCCUAUGGCUCGGACGCCAUGGCCCUCGCCGCGCGCUUCCCCGGCGAUGUCUACCCGAAUCUGAAGACGCUUUUGGGCUUGCCGGUGGAGAGCGCCGAGGUGAAGGAGUAUGCUAGGCGCCAUCCUGCGUUGCAGGUGGUGGGGCACAAGCUCAGGGGCACGGCGGCGUUCAAGAGCGCGGGGGCGUUCACCGCCGAGGAGGAGGCGUUCAUGGUGGAGGAGCUCCUCGCCAUGGAGCUACGGAGUAUCCGGGCCAAUGCGGAGGCGUUGGCUGGGCAUGGGAGUCCCGUGCGGUCGGCCGUGCUGACCGUGCCGCCGUUCUAUACCACCGAGGAAAAGAGGGCGGUGGAGUUGGCGGCUGAGUUGGCGGGAUUCAAGGUGUUGUCUCUGAUCAGCGAUGGGCUGGCCGUGGGGCUGCACUAUGCGACCAGCAGACAGUUCCCGAACGUGAACCAGGGCGGGAAGCCCGAGUACCAUAUGGUUUUCGAUAUGGGCGCCGGCUCGACCAAGGCGACGGUGCUGAAGUUCCAGAGCAGGACGGUCAAGGACGUGGGCAAGUUGAACAAAACUGUGCAAGAAGUUCAGGUGAUGGGCAGUGGAUGGGAUCGGACGCUAGGUGGGGACUCGCUCAACUAUCUCAUCGUGGACGACAUGAUUGCGCAGUUUGUUGGCUCGCCCAAGGCGAAACAGGCGGCUGUUGAUGCCGAGAGCGUCAAAGCCCACGGCCGCACCAUCGCGAAGCUCACCAAGGAGGCGGAACGGGUGAGGCAUGUCCUCAGCGCCAACCAGAACACCCAGGCCAGCUUUGAGGGACUCUACGAUGACGUCGACUUCAAGUAUAAGAUCAGCCGCAGCGAGUUCGAGGAGAUGGCGGCCCGUCACGCCGAGAGAGUGGGCAUGGCUGUCCAGAACGCCUUGACCGCCGCCGGCAUCGAGCUGAAGGACCUUGACUCGGUCAUCCUCCACGGCGGCGCCUCACGCACGCCUUUCGUCCAGAAGGAGCUUGAGAAGGUGGUUGGCGGCGCCGAUAAGAUCCGCACUAACGUCAACUCGGAUGAAGCCGCCGUCUUUGGCGCUGGCUUCAGGGCGGCCGAGCUCAGCCCCAGCUUCCGCGUCAAGGAGAUCCGGGUCGCUGAAGGCGCCACGUAUCCCGCUGGCAUGAAGUGGAAGACGGAUGAAGGCAAGGAGAAGCACCAACGUUUAUGGACUGCGACGUCUCAUCUCGGUGCGGCUGCCAAGGAGGUCACCUUCACAAAUCGUGAGGACUUCACGGUUACCUUCUACCAGACAGUCCCCGCCUCGGCCUCCGAUGCUGGUUCGGUCGAUGCCGAGACCAAGGUGCUUACGACCAAGAACUUGACUGCUUCGGUGGCGGAGCUGGUGGAGAAGCACAAGUGCGAGAAGAGCGAUAUCCGCCUCAAGAUGGGCGCGCGCUUGGCGAGCGACAAUGGAGAGGUCGAGGUGACCAAGGUCACAGUUGAGUGCGAGGCUGAGACGGCUGAGAAGGAGGGCUUCGUCGACGGUGUCAAGAAUCUGUUUGGUUUCGGCAAGAAGGAACAGCAGCCCUUGAAGGGCGAGGAGUCCUCCGAGGAGGCCGGAGCCGAGACGUCCUCUUCGUCCUCUGCCGCCGAGAGCUCUGUUACCAGCGCCUCGGAGUCUAGCUCGACCUCGAUCUCUGCUUCCGCUGCCGAGACAACCGAGUCCGCGGAGGUUAAGACCGCCACGAAGAAGAGAGAGCUUGUGGUUAUCCCCGUCCAGUUUACGCUGGAGAAGGCUGGUGUUCCCCAGCUGUCCAAGGCGGACCUCACCGCUCCCAAGGACCGUCUGAAGGCUUUUGAGGCUUCGGAUCGUGCCCGGAAACAGCGGGAAGAGGCACUCAACCAGCUCGAAGGAUUCACUUACAAGGUCCGGGAUCUCCUUGAAAAUGAGAAUUUCGUCAAGCAUUCAACCGCCGAGGAGCGGGCGGUUUUGGAGAAGAAGAACAGCGAGAUCGGCGACUGGCUGUACGGCGACGGCGCCGACGCCACCAAGGAGGAGCUCAAGGGCAAGCUGAAGGAUCUACAAGCCAUUGUCGGUCCGGUCCAGGAGCGGAUUGAGGAAGCGUCCAAGCGGCCCGAGCUCGUCAAAGGCCUGCAGGAGGCGCUGAAGAACACCAAUGAGUUCGUCGUCGACAUCAAGAAGAAGAUCGCCGACUAUGAGGCGUUCCAGUCCGCCUUAUCCACAUCUACUACAAGCACAGAAAUUUCUACCACUACCGCCACUCCCUCUUCCACCUCGGGAGACUUCGACGGCUUGGAGGACGACGCCAACGCCAGCACAACGACCGCCACGGUAGCGGACCCCAUGGAAGAACUUGCCAAGGAACGCGGCCCCGUCCCGCCCCUUUACACGCUCGAGGACCUCAAAGAAAGCGAGGAUCUCCACGCCUCCAUCUCAGCCUGGCUCGAGGAGAAGCUGGCCGCCCAAGAAAAGCUGGGCGCGACGGAUGACCCGGUGCUGCUGGUCAAGGACCUGACCGAGAAGCGCGAGAAGCUGGACAAGGCGGGCAUGGAUCUUGCCAUGAAGGGGGUGCGGAACUUUGAGAAGCGGAAAACCUCCGGUGACAAGGACAAGAAGAAAGGGAAUGCGAAGAAGGCGAAGAACGCAUCGGGGACAGAAUCGUCCGCCAAGCCGGCGCAGACCAUCAAGUUGAAGCCCGGCGAGGACGGCAAGAUGCCGUCGCAGGAGGAGAUUGACGAGAUGUUGAAGGAGUUCGUCAGGGAGGCGGAGGAGGCGAAACAGCAGGAGCAGCAGCAACAAGCACCGAAGGAUGGAGAGGAGAAGGGCCAUGACGAGCUAUAAGAUACAAGAUACCUUAUAGAAAGGGGUUUGAUGCAUUGGUAUGGAGUUAGGGGCACAUGUAGAUACGAUUUCUGUGUAGAAAAGGCUCCUGGAAAAUAUGAGUUUUGGCAUGCAUUUCUCGCCG